AAUCCAGUCAAGAGACGGAGGCGACUUCACCAAGGCUGCAGCACUCUGUAAUGCAGCACUGGUAAGGUCAAGGGAAGAAGACAGAGAAGGUAUCACACAAACAAUUCAAGACAUAACCAGGUCGUUUGUUAAGUACAUGUUUAAUAGCGACAGAACAAUAAAUGAAGAUGACGUAGUGAAACACAAAUUGAUUUUGGAGGCAAAUCGAGAUUAUGCACAAAAACAGAUUAAACGAAUUGAAGAAGAGGUUGACCCUUACAGUCUUGAUGAUGACGACCCGAAGAUAAGGGAAGUGGAGGAGAAGAGAGCGGAAGCAAUCAGAAGUUUAUGUCAAACAACUAUUGACCAGCGAAGAACGUUCAUAGCCGACCUUGUAGAUGAAUGUAUGAAGGUAAUGGGCCCCCCUCCCUGUAAGUACGCCAUGAUAGGCCUGGGUUCACAAGCUACAGGUUUGGUAACUCCGUACUCCGAUCUGGAAUUCGCCAUUUUGGUAGAGGAGGAAACAGAUGGUAAAGUCAGGUAUUUCCGCAAUCUUACUCAUUAUCUGCACCUCAAAGUCAUCAACCUGGGAGAAACCAUUCUCCCAGCCAUGGGGAUCACGUCUCUAAAUGAUUUCUCCUCAGACGACCCACAGGACAACUGGUUCUACGACUCUGUCACACCGCGCGGGUUUGCGUUCGAUGGAGCCAUGCCGCAUGCAUGCAAGACUCCACUGGGCAGGGGUAAAACAGCUGAACUUAUUCGAACCCCUGGUAGCAUGGCUAAAGUUCUUACAGACGACCUGACGCUACACCUAAAAAAAGGCUACCAUCUCGCGAGUAUCUUGAACAACGUUUCUUUGAUUACCGGAGAACAGGACUUAGUUGAUGAACAUUUGUCUCUAUGUGAGCAGCAACUUCAGGAAGACUUGAGAAAAGCAUCUCGUCUCAUAGUGGAGACCAUGUUGAAAGACGACAAGCAAAUGGUUGGAAGUCAGUAUCCGUCUGGCAAACUUCUGGACGUAAAAAAAGAAAUCUACCGAUUUUCUAGCCUUGCAGUGUCUUGUUGGGCACUACUUUGCGACAUUCAGCCAACUACAAUCUGGGAGACAAUAGAGAAGAUGCACCAGAACGGAGUCAUCAGUAGUGAGAACGCGCAUCACCUGAUGGUGCUGGUCAGCAUCUCAGCAGAACUGAGGCUGCGGACAUACAUGAACAACCGGGGGCAGGUGGAGAACAUGUCAGCCUUAUCGUCAAUGUCUGUAGAUGUGGAUUCAAAUUCAAACAUUGAGGAGAAAGUACAGAAAGUGUUUUACUUAUCAAAGUCAAAGCAGCUGAUGAGAUACUACAACACAGCAAUACCAUUAAAGGAUUUUAUCUCCCACCUUGCUGAUGGUCACUCGCCGAAAGUGUCGCCGCUUCUCUUUGACAAUUCUUUAAGACUACAGGCGGAUGUGUACAAAAGUUUGUGUGAUUACAAGAAAUCCCAAGCAUUUGCAGAAAUGAUACUACAGGGUGAUCAGUUGAAAUAUGGUGCCG